UGGUAAACUUUUAAUUUCUGGGCGGAAAGGCGGGGACAUAGUUUACACUUCAGCGCAGAACUUUUUGAACUCCGAGGAAAGCCUCAAAUUUCGUCAACACGCCUGUGAUUGGUUGUUUUUGGAUUAUCUCCAAGAACAGCCAAUCACGGCCCGGAAAUUCCGUCCCGCUGAAGAAUGCACACUGAAGUUUAUAAUUCACACAGGUAUCCGUAGAUGUCUGGCAUAUCACGUAUAUCAAAUAUCGUGAAAUUCCCCUCCAUGCAUGAUCCGCCGUUCGCCUACCGAAGAUUACGAGCAUAACACGAGAGGGAUCAUGGAGGUGUGCUGUCAUUACCGUGCGAAGAAACAUUGGAGGAGUUUUUCAUCUGUGCUAAGACUUCUAGCCCUGCUCCUGUUUGUCAGAGAGAUUGAUAGUCAAUCUCCAUGCUAUAACGAGAUCACUAAAGCUCCUCUCAGAUGCAUGCCUUCUUUCGGCAACGCUGCUUUUGGCAAAACGGUUAUUUCUAACAACACUUGUGGGACGCCUCCGAGCGAGUUCUGCGUUCAAACCGGCGUCACUUCACCCACGAAGGAAUGCGAAGUUUGCGAUGCAACAGAGGAUAGGUACAGCCAUCCCGCGUCUUACAUAACGGACAUAAAAGAUGAUCAAAACAGAACCUGGUGGCAGUCAGAGACACUGCUUGACAACCCGGAUAAACCCGUAACUCUUACCCUGGAUCUUAUGAAAAGCUUCGAUGUGUCUUAUAUCAGAAUUCGUUUUCGAUCGCCAAGACCUGAGUCGAUGGCAAUUUACAAGCGAACCAGCACCGAUCCGAACGGGCCGUGGAUCCCAUAUCAAUAUUUCUCAGCUUCGUGUGAGAAAACUUACAAGGUGAAAAGUAAUGACAUUGCGAUAACAAAUCAGCAAGUAUUGUGCUCGAACGAAUUCAGCAGCAUUUCGCCGCUAACUGGAGGCAAUGUUGCGUUUACUACAUUGCAAGGUCGGCCGGAUAACCUCAAUUUUGAUAACAGUCCUGAAUUGCAAGACUGGGUUACGGCGAGCUCGAUCCGAAUAGAUUUGGAUCGGAUGAAUACGUUUGGAGACGAAGUGUUUGGUGAUUCCAACGUUUUGCGGAGUUACUACUUCGCUAUUAUAGAUUUGACAAUCGGAGGACGUUGUAAAUGCAACGGGCACGCUGCGGAGUGCAUGGAGAAACAAGAUACUUUAGGACGACUUGAGCUGAGGUGUAUAUGUGACCACAGAACGAUGGGAGUAGACUGUGAAAAAUGCGAACCGCUUUACAAUAAUCGCCCAUGGGCCAGGGCUACAGAGAAUAGUGCCAACGAAUGCAUCAAGUGCGACUGUAGUGGUUUAGCAGACAGUUGUGUGUAUGAUGAGAACCUUGGCUAUGGACGCUGUGAAAACUGCAAGAGAAAUACAGCUGGUCCAAAAUGUGAACAAUGCCGUGACAAUUUCUUCCGCCUGACUUCUUCAGAUGACUGUCAGCCUUGUAAGUGUGACCCUGUGGGCUCAGUGUCAUUACAGUGCGAUCCAACAGGCCAGUGCACCUGUAAACCUGGAGUGACAGGUGUCAAAUGUGACAAAUGCCAGGCAGACUACUUUGGCUUUUCACAGACGGGUUGUAGGCCUUGCCAGUGUUCUCCUGAAGGAACUGACCCCAGUAACACACAGUGUAAUGAGAAGGGGGAGUGCUCAUGCAAAAGGAAUGUCAUUGGUGCCAAAUGUACACAGUGCAAGACAGGCUUCUAUGGAUUGGAGAGUACAAACCCACAUGGAUGUAAACAGUGCUUCUGUUAUGGACACAGUAGUGUGUGUGAGGCAGCUAUGGGUUAUACUGGAUAUAACAUUUCAAAUCAGUUCUCGUCAGGUCGAGAAGGUUGGACUGUUAUCAAUGAGCAAGGUACUAAUGUAACUGAGCAGUAUAUCAUCCUUCGUGAAUCUUCCCACAUCAGCGUAACAGCUGUAGGAAAUGAAGUCCUUUAUAUAUCAGCCCCAGAUAAAUUUCUUGGAGACCGCCGCAGCAGUUAUGGCCAGCUCUUUGGGUUUACCUUCCGUGUGGCUGCAACUGAAGGAGUUCAGGUGAAACCCGGAGACAUUAUUCUGGAGGGAAAGAAUGGACUAAAGGUCUCUGCAAGGCUCAAUGCACAGAACAACCCUGUUCCUUCUACCACUUUUCAAAACUAUCUGUUUCGUCUUCAUGAAGACCCAUCUUUGGGAUGGGAACCACUGCUCAGAGGGUUUGACUUCCAAAAACUCCUAACCAGUUUACUAGCCAUUAAAAUUCGAAUGAACUAUGCACCUCAGGGGACUGGCUUGAUUGACAAUGUUUUCAUGGAGUCAGCAGUAUAUUUACCACAGUCUCUUUUACGUGUUCCUUGGGUUGAAGAGUGCAGCUGUCCAGCUCCUUACACGGGAGAUAAUUGUGAGCAAUGUAGUGUGGGCUAUACCAGACAGAGAGGAUCCGAGGAUAAAUAUGGCCAGUGUGUUCCCUGCCAAUGUUAUGGUCACUCUGAGUCAUGUGAUCCAGUGACAGGUGUUUGCUAUUGCCAAGACAACACAAUUGGUGACAACUGUGAGACAUGCAAAGAAGGUUUCUAUGGUAAUCCAACUGAAGGUACCAAAGAUGACUGCAAACCAUGUCCCUGCAAAUAUGGUUCCCGUUGCAUUCUGAUAGGCGAGAAUGUUGUUUGCACAGAUUGUCCUGAGGGACAUUCAGGGGAUCUCUGUGAGUACUGUCAAGAUGGUUACUAUGGUGACCCAUCGGGCCUUUUGGGUUUGCCAACUGCUUGUCAGAAGUGUAACUGCAGUGGCAAUAUAGACUUCAAUGCCAUUGGGAACUGUCAAUCUCUCACAGGCGACUGCUUAAAGUGUAUUUACAACACUAGGAAUGGCCCGCUUGAGAGAUGUGAACUUUGUGCAGUUGGGUUUUAUGGAAAUGCUACUGAAUAUCCAAAGCCACAGUGCAUUGCUUGCGACUGCUACAAUCAAGGCACAAUGACCCCUCCUGACCACAACCCGGAGUAUCCCCUCCCUUGUGACGAUAAAGGCAAGUGUACUUGCUUGGAAAAUGUUAUUGGAGACAAGUGCGACAGCUGCCGAGAUACCUACUGGAAUGUGGGCUCAGGAGUUGGCUGUGAGCAGUGUUUGUGCAAUCCCAUUGGCUCUCUAAACAAUAGUUGUGAAGUCAUUACCGGCCAGUGUCCGUGUAAACCUGGGGUGACUGGAAGGACAUGUGAUCAAUGUCAGUCAGACCAUUACGGGUACUCAGACCAGGGCUGUGAACCUUGUAACUGCAACCCAGAAGGCUCUCUUAAUGUGAGCUGUAAUGAAUACGGAGAAUGCAACUGCAAGUUUGGAGUACUGGGCAUCAAGUGUGGUACAUGCGAGGAAAAUAAACAUAACUUGACUGCCGGCUGUGUCAGUUGCCCGCCAUGUUAUAGUGAAAUCCAACGAUUAGUUAACCGCUUGCGAAUAAACAUCCGAAGGCUCGUGAAGAUCAUGAACAACUUCAACUCGAGCUCAAGCGGACAACUUGUCGUGGAUGCAAACUUUGAGCGUCGCCUGAAGGAAUUGUCGGAAGCAGUGAAUGAACUGCUCAACAAGGCAGAAAGCUCGAACUCUACAGACAAAGCCCUACAGGAGCAGCUUCAGGUCUUGGACAGCCGUGUGGAGAAAAUAAAUAAGGUCAUAUCGGAUGUGUCCAACAACACGAGCGAGGCGGAAGGGAUCAUAGCCAGUGCGCUGGGGAAUAUAUCUGAAGCCGAGGCGUCGAUCAAUCGAUCACGUGCAUUGCUUGACGAGGCAGAGAAGCUGUUGCUGAACAAGGGUGCUAGGGCGUUAAAUGAGUCGAUACAAGCAGCGAACAGCUCCAGUGAACAAGCCAUAAGAAUGGCGGAGAUCUUGAAUGAGACCACUAUUCUAGCAGAUAAACACGAAAUGGAAGCGGAGGAUGUCAUUGAAAAGGCGAACGAAACUCUCCACAAGUCUAAACAAGCCCUAAAUGCUACAGAACACGCGAUGAAUGCACAGGAAAAGACAACUGAUGGCAUAGAAGAAUUACUGAAGAAGUUUAACAGAACCAUAGAUCUGCACGAACAGGCGGAAAGCGCAGCUGAAAAGUCACGUGAAGAAGCCCAGAAUGCAAUGGACGAGGCUGUGGAGCUGUACGGGAAUGGAACCGCACCUCUCCCCGACCUCGGAUUGUCGGAAAUGCAAGCAAAACUUAACACCUCCAAACAAGAGGUGGCCAACGCGUCCAAGAGUGCUGAAGAGAUCCUCAGUACCCUGGAGACUUUAGUUGAGAGCUUUGACAUGAAAGAAGAAUACGUCAGAAAGAAAAUGGCUGAGUGGUCAGGCCUUUUUGAAAGACUAGAGGGCCUGAUGACAAAUGUCACUGAUGCUAACAAAACUGCGCAUGAUGCCAUUGAUCGAGGGGAGGAGACAUUGAAAAAGGCUAAAGACAUGUUAGAGAGACUCAAGAAAUUCAACGAAAUCAUAGACAGUUCCAGAGCAGAGGCUGAUUUAGCCGAAGCUAACAUAACGGAAGUUGAGCGACUUAUCAGUUCAGCAAACAACAAGUCAGAUGAGGCUACCGCUAACCUGGGUGAUGCACAGGAGCUGGCCGAAGAAGCAGCGUCAACAGCCGAGGGGGCGCGAGAUAUAGCUAACCAAACGCAACAGAAGGCUGAAAUGAUAAAGAAAGAGGCAGAAGAGCUUACAAUCCCACGAGACAGUGUGACUGCACCCGUAUCAGAAGCCGCCAGUCAGUUGUCUGACUACAAGACCACCGCUGAAGCACAGGGACAGAGCAUCAAAGACGCACUGAACAAAACUAAGGAAGCUGGCGAGGCGGCAAAAGAAGCUCGAGAUAAAAUACAAGAUGUACUUGAAAAGUUGCUAGCACUGUUGGCGGAGAUUGAUGGCUUGGGCAACGUAAAUAUGUCGAGGUUGAAUAACCUUGAAGAGCAGCUCCAGAAUGACACGGACACCGUGCGUCAGUUGGAUCGUGAAGUUUUGGCAGUGGAACAACAGAGUGAUUUCAUUAAGGAAAGCAUCAAGAAAUACACCGUUGAUCUGAAUAAAUACCGAGCGGAAAAGAAAUUGCUACAAGAAAUGUAUGAGAAAUUACCCAAGGUAUGCCCAAGAGUCACGCCAGACCCAGAGGACUAGCAUUUAGUCGUGAUAUACAACAGCAUUUUGCUUAGCGGGCCACUGGUAUGAUAAAUAUUGCGUGACUUAAAUCAAUUCUUGGACAUGUCAGCUCCGAGACACGCCGAACAACCUAAAUACGGUUUCUCGAUUGAGAAAAUUGCAUUUUUUGUCAUCAAAUAAUAUUAUUGUAACUAUUCUUGAAGAUUCGAGGCAUUUUGUUUCAUGCUACCUUAAAAUUAAGCGUUGAAAUUUGGAAGGAAGUUGCUGAUCGAUAUGCUAUGGAGUAAAGAUGCCAUUUUGGCAUUCACAAUUCUAGUAUCAUAUUAUUUUGUAAUAUUAGCUUUUUAAAAAUGUAUUUACGGGAAGGGAGUUUGUUAGGCUAUUGAAAUACGUUCAGAUUUGAAUUGUUAAACCUGGUAAAGCUUAUUUUAGUAUUUUAAAACGCAAAAACUUUCACCAGCAUCAAACUCAACUUACUUAACUCGUGAAAUUUAUUGAGGCGGAGUUUUUCUUUUAACAUUUGCUCACUUUAUUUAUUAGCUUACAUUAAGCUUUUAUGUAUGAGGAAUUAAAGUCUCUUAAAGCUGUUGCAAAAAGGUCUACAUGUACCAGCGUGUGGCUUUAUAUGGGAGUGUGACGCUUAAAUUAGGGAUGGCCAAUGCACGACAGUUGCGAAAACAAAACAAAUUCAUCCGCCUUUGAUUACGAGCCGGCGUACCUAACAAAGAUGUUACACUAUCGUGAGGCCUGUAAUGAGAAAAUAUUGGUCGAGAACGAAACCAGUUUUUCCUCGAUAAGGGCUGACCAUGUUACGUUCAGUAAUUAAUUUAUCAUCAACAUUGUCAUGUUUUCUAUUCAUUAAGAUAUCUAUGCUAGACAAACCCAGGUGAGUUAUUUCAUUUGGAUCUCAUUUUGUCAGAGUCUGUAUGUCACUGCUUGGGGUAGAAGUCGUUUUAAUCCAUCUUAGUUGAGGAAACUAGAUUAAACUGACCUUAAAUAGCCUAAAGAUGUCGAGGCUAAAGGUUUUGUGGCUUGACGUCGAACAUUGUAAGACCUAAAAUCCGCAUUACACAAAAAAUAUUUAAUAAAUGGGGCUCCAGUUUCUUGGGGCAGUUCAUCGUGCCACGCCCUUUCAAUAUCCAAAGUUGGUAUUUUUGUAGCUCAAUUAGAGACUGGAGCGAUUAUGCUAAUGAGGCCAAUUUUAUAAUCAAAGAUUCCCAACAGCUUCAAAUGACCUCAGCCCCAACCAUGGGGUUAAGCCGAGAGCGGGAAACUUUGUCUUGAUUAAAAUUGGAUCCAGGGACACCCAGCGAGCUUUCUUUUCAGGAUCUCUCAGCAAACAGAAUACUCAACAAAUAAACCCUUUUGGAAGAACAUCCAGAUGCUUUAAUAGGUUACACACUUUUCUAUUCACAACAAAACACAGGCAGUUUGAAAAGAAUUUUACACCUUCCAAAAAUUUAGUCUGAAUCCAAAAUAAACACGAUUGUUAUUUUCAGGCACUUUGAAGUUAAUAGAUAUGAACCGUAAUAGCAUUCUCACGUGGCGUGCAUGUGUCAAAAUUAAUAUAUUCUCUAUAAUAUUAUUCAGAAGUAUGCACAUGACUGAGUGAAUUGAGUAUAAACAAAACCAGAUGCUUAGUAAUAACGAAACCUAAAGAUAAAUAAAAUUAAUGGUUUACAUUAAAGCUAUCCACGUUCACACCUCUUUGGACACCUGCCCAGCCCCAUCCCCACCCCCAACAUAUUCAACAAUGUGGAGCUUGGUUACUCAGCUUUCCUGGGUUCUUACAAAGAUGUGAGAGAAAUAAAUAAACUUUUUUACGAUAACUGCAGAAAUUCUUGUGCACUCAUUGGUUAAUUUUCAUUGCCAAUAUGCGGAUAGAUACAUGAAUUUAUAAUUAAUGCGAUACAUCAAUGAGCGAAGAGUGGACAAUUUGACAAUUUGUUAUCGUAAAAAACAAAUUGACGUGAGUUUUUCAUGUGUCUGUCCUGUUUUUGACAAUGAAUUUCAUCAUAACAUUGUCAAAGUAGUCUGCAGAUAUCGCCUUGUGGAUCCACAACCACUGACAAUGUUAGAACAAAAUUCAUGAUCAGUCACAAGAAAAACACAUGAAAAACUGACGUCAAUUUGUUAAGUAGAAAAUGUGAUCCAAAAUGGUCAGGAAGGAGUAUGAAUAUCAAACAAUAUAUAUUUUUGUCAUAAAAUUCUUAACUUUCUUCACGAUUUAAACAAAGUACUACAUAUAUCUUGUUCGUUAAGUCGUUCCAAGUUUCUGUUCCUAUUUCUGAUUUUGAACACCAAGAGAAAAGGGUAGAGAGCCCUAAGGAGAGUUCAUUUACAAUACUUCAAAUAAUGUGCAAAACCAAGUUCUCAAUUUACACUCCCCAAAAGAGCUUUUCCUUCUGUCUUUUCUGAAUAACUUUGAAAUCACUGAAAUAACAUGAAUCAUAUUUAACAUAUAGAGCCUUGCUUCUUUGUAUCCUAACAACUUAUUCUAAUGUGAAGUAAUCUAUGACAAUGAUAUGUAUGUUGAAGUAUAUUGAAGUCCCUUACUGUUUAACCAAGCUCCACAAGUUGAAAAUCUUAAUUUUCUAGAGUUCAAGGGUCCCAAGGUACAAGUCUGUAACAACCAUCGCUUCAUUGAAAAAAAAAAAA